UGCGCGGUGGCGGCGGCAACAGCUGCUCCUGCCCGCCCCUACGGGCCAAAGCCGGAAGGAUGGUGCAGUCCUGCUCCGCCUAUGGCUGUAGGAACCGCUACGACAAGGAUAAACCCGUUUCCUUUCACAAGUUUCCUCUUACACGACCUGAUCUUUGUAAAAAAUGGGAGGCUGCUGUCAGAAGAAAAAACUUUAAACCCAGCAAAUACAGCAGUAUUUGUUCAGAACACUUUACUCCAGACUGCUUUAAGAGAGAGUGCAACAAUAAGCUACUGAAGGAGAAUGCUGUACCCACGAUAUUUUGUUUUACUGAGCCACAUGACAAGAAUGAUGACCUUUUGGAGCAACAAGAACAGCUCCCGCCUCCUCCCCUUACACCUCCUGUUUCCCAAGUUGAUGCUGCUCUUGGAUUACUGAUGCCACCUCUUCACACUCCUAAUAAUCUUGCAGUUUUCUGUGACCACAACUACACUGUAGAAGAUACAGUGCAUCAAAGGAAAAGGAUUCAACAGCUUGAAGAACAAGUGGAAAAACUCAGAAAGAAGCUCAAGACUGCACAGCAGCGAUGCCGAAGACAAGAGCGGCAGCUCGAAAAGCUCAAGGAAGUUGUCCAGUUUCAGAAAGAAAAGGAUGCAUUAUCUGGAAGGGGCUAUGUGAUUCUGCCCAAUGACUACUAUGAAAUAGUAGAAGUUCCGGCAUGAAAACAUCUGCACACUUUGGUGGGACAGCAUUACAGAGCUUGGUCAGACAAAUAGGAGAUUCAUUUGAAAAAUUAAACAUUCUUAAUUCCUUAUGUAAAAGCACUUCAGGACUUGAAAAUAAUAAAAUUGAUAUGUAAUGUUAAAAUGUAAAUUUUUUUGUCCAUAGUAAUUUUAGUUUUUUUACAAUUUGACAAAUUUUAGAAGUUACAGACUAACCUCAGAGUGACAUAAGUUUAUAAUACCUGUUUUAAGAUAGAGGAUUUGGGUUUUUUCUAUUUUCAAUAUUUAUAAAAAUAGUAUAAAAUCUGAAAUGAAAAAAAUGUCAUGCAGUAAAAAUGAUGUAAGUCUAAAAUGAAAAAAUGAUUGGAAUAUGUUGGUUGAAAGUACUGGUGAUGAUUUAAAUAGAAAGUAUGGAUCAUAUUAUGGAACAUAACUUGUCAGCAUAAAUUGGCCAUAUUUUAAAAUUAGACAGUUUAUUCAUCUCUUCAUCAGUUGGCCAGGCUGUUUAUGUAUAAAAGGUUUAGUUGUAUCUGGGAAGAAAAAUAUUAAAAUGCUUUCAGAUUUGACAGCUAAUUCUCCUUUUCCAUUCUCUGUAUAUUUUUGCCUAAAAUCUUUUCAUUGUAAUGACUCAAGAAUUUUUCCAUAUUGGUAGCCUUUGCUUUACAGAGUAGAUACAUCCUAACUCUUUUGACUAUAAAAUUAAUUUCUUGAAGGAUUCUACAUACCUUCUCCACUCCUCAGCCCCAGCCCCAUUCCUAUUAUGAAACAUUUCCUCAAGGGGAAAAAAACCACUUUUGAAUAAACUGUUAAAAUUUUUUGGCAAGGAAGGGAAGGUGGUAACUAGCUGGAUCCAUGGCAUGCUAUUGGAUCAUUUCUCCUCAUCUCUUUUGCGUUGAGUUUUAUAAUGUGUUAAUAGUGCUGAUCAGCAAUACCAUACUUCAGUAAGUAUUCCAUCUUGAUAAACUAUAACCUAAAAUUCCCUUAAGUUACUUUCAAUCAGAAAAAAAAAGUUUUUAAAAUUCCCUCUUCUAUUACAAAAGUAAUAAUAACAGCUCACUUUCUAAUUUAGUACUUUAUGGUUUACACAGCAUAUAGUUCUUACUAUAAGUGCUAAAUUCUAUACGUCGGAUUUUCUAAAAAUCAGGGGAAAUAGAUUAAAAGAUAAUUUGAGGUCAGCUAGGUGGCCCAGUGGAUAAAGCACUAGCCCUGGAUUUAGGAGAACCCAAGUUCAAUUCCAGCCUCAGACACUUGACACUUACAACUGUGUGACCCUGGGUGAGUCGCUUAACCCUCAUUGCCCACCAAAAAAAAAAAAAAAAAGAAAAGAAAAAUAACUUGAUUAAUACUUCAUUUGCCUUUUUUAUUAAAUGUGGUUUAAUCACGAAGAUUCUUAGUAGAACUUUUAAGAACUGGAUUCUGACUUAGAUUUGCCUAUAAAAGAAGUCUGAUAAAACAGGACCAGGGCCAUUUCAUAAGAGUGGGAGAUAAAUUCCUGGGCAGCCAAAUCAAUCAACAAAUAUUUAUUAAGUACCGACUAUGUGCCUAGUACUGUGCUGCCUAUUUAAAAACAAAAAUGAAAUUCCUAUCCUCAAAAAGCUUACAUUUUAUUUGGGAAAGACUUAGGUAUGUGUAGGCAUGUAAGAGACAAGGCAGUAAAAAAAUGAGCCCCAUCUCAACUUUACCAUCCUUUCUCAGGACCAUGCCUCCCUUCCUGAUUGAUAGGUAAAUUAUAGUGAUAAUCUCUGGCAUUUUAUCCAGCUAGAAUAUUCCCUUAUUCCAGAUAUCCCAAUGUUUGAAACUAAAAUAUGCUCCAAACUACUGCCCACAUGAAGAAGUUGUUUAAGCAUUAGAUUUCCAUCUUUAAAAUUUAGGAGUAUUUAUUGAAUAAUGACCCUAUUAUAGGUAGAACUGAUUUGGUUAGAGGUUAGACCAGUGACCUCAUUAGAAUAGGGAACUCGGAAGUUGAGGGAGCUAUACACUUGCCUUCUCAGCAACUUGAAGUCUUAGUUGCCCAGAGUACUGAGAAGUUAAAUGACUCAUCCAGGGUCAUUCAGCUAGGCCAACUCUAUGCAUUCAGCCACAUUGCCCAGUUAAAAUAUGGGAAUUGCAGGUCCUAAGUGACUUAUCCUGGCCUUGCCUUUUGAACUUGGAUUUGUGAUGGCUUAAUUUUUUUAAAGAAAUCGGUGAAAAAAACAAAAGUAUUCAAAAUGGAUUAUUUAACCCACAUCUAUUCUUCACUGAAAGCUAUAACCUCAGCAUUAGUUUUGAAUUGAAAUGAGGAAACUAUCUUUAGCAAUGCCUGGACCUUAGGGCUAUUAAUGAAGUAUAUACAGUUGCUAAACAUUAUUUUGCUUUCAUGUGUUUCCCAUAGCAAUUGUUACAGGAUAUGAAUGGGUAAAUGAUUUACUCUCUUCUUUACAGCAUCAUCUUGAGGUUGUUUCUAUGCAAAAAUGUGUCACUGUUUUCAAUCACUUUUUUUCUCUCAAACUCACUUUGAAUUUGGACUAAAUGUUCAACUUAGUGUAGAGAUAAAAUCUAUAAUGACGGUGUUUUAUUUUUAUCUCUCUUGCCUUAUCAGAAAUAAGUACCAAUCUAGAGAGAACUGAACUGAGCACCUACUUAUCUUUUUAAAUCUGUUAAUGCUUUAUUGCCAGGAUUCUUAACCUUUGUUUUAUGUGUAAUGGACUCCUUUGGCAGUCUGGUGAAGCCUGUGGACCCCUUCUCAGAAUGAUGUUUCUAAAUGCAUAAAAUAAAAUACAAAGGAAACCAAUUAUAUUGACAUAGAGUUAUAAAAAUAUUUUCUGGCCAAACAGGUUCAUGGAUCCCAGGUUAACCUCUGGUUUAUAGGAUAAAUUUGGGGUUCAGCUGAUUGUUUCUGGUUUGAGAUACCUAACUUUUAAAAUGCAAAUUGUUGAUGUAAACUUUGUUGUAUUGAUGUCAAAAAGAGUAGAACUUUUAGUCUGAAAAAGUUUCUGUAAAAGCACAAUACAGUAAAACUUCAUUAAUUUGGACAAUUUGAGGAGACCAAUAUGAAUUGCAGAGUGUCUUAAAAAUAGAUGCAGUUCACCAUGGUGGUAGUGCAUUCCUGUAAUCCCUGCUACCAGAGGAGACUGAUGCAGGUGGGUCACUUGAGUCUGGGAGUUACAUAAAGCUAAAGCCAAUCAGGUAUCCACACCAAGUCCAGUACCAAUAUUGAGAGGCCAUCAAUCUGCCUACAAAAGGCAGGAUCAAGACAAGAAUGCAGUCUUAAAAAUUUUAAGUACACAUUAUUUCCAUUAUGUUCCAUGGCCCCUAUAUUCUAGAAAGGGCCUACUGGAUCAGUCUUGGUGAAUAUAUAGUUUAUUUGUAAGUAUCCAUAUAAUUUGUAGGUAAGCAGUUUAAUAAAAUUCUUAACAACUCAUUAGAAUUAAACUUGCCCUUUAUAAUCUUAUAUAACUUUUGCUAGUAAACCCUUUCAUAUUAUAAUGCCAAGCUCAUAUGAACAUCUUCCAGAUUAGUCCAAAUCAAGGAGGUUUUACUGUAAUCCAAUUUAGAAAAGUAUUUUAGCUUUUUACUUACUCAAUUCAUGUUAUAUGUUCUAAAAAUUAACUUCCUGUCUCCUUACAGUAGGGAAGCAUGAUGUUUACAAAUUGUCAGCUGAUUGGCAAAUUCUUUUUAUUUGAUGGAAAAGGGAAAUGGUUUGUUUAUAUUGUUAAAAAUUUUUUUUUAACAGGUCACAGGUGUGAUUCCUUCCCCCACAGUGCCAUGCAUUCAUGGUGAAGCCAGAUUGAGAUUUGAUUUGGUUUGAUAGUUUACAUUUCUGCGUAUAAUUAAUUAUAUUUUUAAAACAGAAAUUCCCUGGCCACCUCCCUCCCCCGAAAUCCACUUUGCCACCAUUCUUAUUUUGACAUGUCACAUGAAAAAAUGACUUACCUAAAAAUUUGUAAGGCAUUCCAGACUUUUUAAAGGGAUGUCACCAGUUGGUAACAUCAGCAUGUAUAAAUUAAGACCCAAGCCAGAUGUUCCCACUUUGCUGCCCGUCCUGCUUUUUCUAGGGACCUUGUGAAAGUAAACAGCCUUUGAAGGGUCCUGUGUUAUUUCAGGUCAGUAUUGUGUAUAGUGGUAUGUUUAGAUAUUUUAAAAUGUUUAUGUGAAAAUGAAAAUGCCAAAGAAGUUGCACAAUGAAUGGUUUAAGAAAUGAGGAAGGACUAUACAAAAAACAACAAAAAAAAUUGCACUUAAGUAAUAAAUAUCCUUUUCUAGGACUAUGUGGGAUUUGACCAUGAAAGAUUUUAUUCAUGUGAAAGAAUCUUACAAAUUACAAAUAUUUUUAAAGCUAUGACAACCUGCUGACAAUCUUAAUUUUAUUCAUUAUUCUACCGUCCUGUCUUAGUUCUUAAGUCAAAAUGUCAUAAUUAAUAAACACUGAGUUGUGCCAGGGUCAGUGAUACUCAACAAAUAAAGAUGUUUUGGGUGAUAAAACAGAUUGUUGCUGACAAACUUCAGAUUUAAUACUUACAUUGUUUUCAAGAACAAAAUUUCACUGAAUGAAAUACUUGCUUAUACUCAAAACUACUU